GUCCAACACCUGCUGAGGGAGACCCGCGACACCCACCCAACCACACCUUCAAGAUGGACGCGACGAAGAAGAGGAAGGCACCCCCCCUCGACCUAGAGGAGCUGAUCAGGAAGAAGAAGGAGGCCGAUGCAGCGAAGAAACCUCGUUUUAUACCAAAAGCCGAAAGGCUAGCGCUACAGGCCAAGAAAGCCGAGGAGGAGAAGUUGCAAGACGCACAGAGGGAGCGGGAGCGGAAAGAAGCCCAUGAACGAUCGAGACGAGAGUUCCUAUCCAAGAGCGACCCGAGGUACCAGAACAACUCGAACUCGAACUCGAAAUCGAACUCGAAUUCGAUACCCACCGGUCCCAAGGCCAUGCGCCAUAGCGGACACAUCAAUGGGCAAACAAAUGGUGACAGAAAGAAAGAAGCAGAUGAGAAAGGAAGCCAGGGCAAGAAUCGCUGGGAGGAAGAUGAGGAGAAACUUCGAAUGGAGCGGUAUAUGGGUCCUCCAGUGAACGAGAGCACCUUCUCCGCGAACAAGAAGCGAAAGAGGACGGGUAACAAGUUCAACUUUGGGUGGGACGCCUCAGAAGACACCAGCAAAGAACAUGAUCCUAUCUAUGCCCAAAAAGCAUCGUCAUUGAUCGGUUCCGGUCGGCUGGCUGGGUUCGGAGACGAGGCAAGAGAGGAAAACGCGAGGAACUUCGCUGCUAAACUGGCGCAAAGGGAUCCUCAACGGGCCAAAGAAUAUUUGGAGCAGUUCGAGGCGGCGCAGAAGAAGUUGGCAGCCCGAAACACCCUUGGGAGGCACUGGUCUGAAAAGGACCUCUCGGACAUGCGGGAGCGAGACUGGCGCAUUUUCAAGGAAGAUUUCGGCAUUGCCACAAAAGGAGGAGCGAUUCCGAAUCCGAUGCGAAACUGGAGCGAGUCGGGCCUGCCAAAAGACUUACUUGAUGUUAUCAAGCAGGUGGGCUACGACGAACCUUCGCCUAUCCAACGAGCCGCGAUCCCCAUUGCCCUACAGGCGCGUGAUCUGAUCGGAGUGGCGGUGACAGGUUCGGGAAAGACUGCAGCAUUCCUUCUCCCCCUACUGGUCUACAUCCGCAGUCUUCCGGCACUCGAUGAGUACAACAAGGCUGACGGUCCUUAUGCGCUCAUCAUGGCCCCCACCCGUGAACUUGCCCAGCAGAUUGAAUCAGAGGCCAAGAAAUUCGCAGAACCGCUGGGCUUCAACACAGUCAGUAUCGUUGGUGGACACUCUCUCGAAGAGCAGGCCUUUGCCCUGAGAAAUGGUGCAGAGAUCAUUGUUGCGACACCGGGUCGUCUCAAAGACUGUAUCGAAAGACGUCUCCUGGUUCUGUCACAGUGUUGCUACAUCGUCAUGGACGAAGCCGACCGCAUGAUCGACCUGGGCUUUGAGGAGUCGCUGAACAAGAUCCUCGACGCUCUUCCCGUCACCAACGAGAAGCCAGACACGGAAGAGGCCGAGAAUGCGUUGCUGAUGAAGCAGAACAUCGGCCUCAAGGACCUGAAAUACAGACAGACUAUGAUGUACACGGCAACCAUGCCUCCAGUCGUCGAGAAGAUCGCGAAACAGUACCUCAGACGGCCAGCCAUAGUGACCAUCGGCAACAUCGGUGAAGCUGUGGACACAGUCGAGCAGCGGGUUGAGCUCAUCAACGGCGAAGACAAGCGCAAGAAUCGCCUCGGAGAGAUCCUUCGCUCGAACCAGUACGACCCGCCUAUUAUUGUCUUCGUCAACAUCAAACGCAAUUGCGACACAGUCGCGCGGGACAUCAAGCGACUUGGUUUCAACGCCGUCACGCUGCACGGAAGCAAGACUCAGGAGCAAAGAGAAGCGGCACUGGACUCGGUACGCAAGGGCGAGUCGAAGAUCCUGGUGGCGACAGAUCUUGCUGGGCGUGGUAUCGAUGUUCCUGACGUCUCGCUUGUCAUCAACUUCAACAUGGCACCGAGCAUCGAGGCAUACACACAUCGUAUCGGUCGUACGGGUCGUGCGGGCAAGAGCGGUGUUGCCAUCACGUUCUUGGGCAGCGAAGACGACGAUGUGAAGUAUGAUCUGAAACAGAUGAUCAUGAAGUCGCCGAUUUCCAAGGUACCAGACGAACUGAGAAGGGAUCCGGCUGCUCAGCAGAAACCGGUCAGGGGCCGCAAGACAGAAGCACCUGCUUUCGGAGGCAAGUCUUGGUAGAUUCUGCGCGCUCUUGGCAGAUUUAAGUUGCGUAGCUCUUGAAAAACAAAUGGUAGAGCCGCAUUGACUACCUGUGGAUAUUUGAACAGGAGGAUGCGUGACAGUAACCAUUGUCUGUGAAAGGGCACUCUGGAAGCGUCGAGAGAAUGCGUCUAAUAAGUUGGAGUUCUGGCAAGAGUAUUUGAGAUACAUAGUAGGCAUUCACAAUCAAGCUCCGUUUACGGGAA